UGGAGGAGCAGACUGGCGCCUCCGCGUCGCAUCUUUUGUUAUUUGGACACGGUCGGUGGAUAUAAUCGGUGGAAUAGAGUAUAGUGUGUGCGAUAUAUACAUUUUCAUACAAGCGACUUCUAGCUUGGGACUGAUAAUGGUCGCCGGCGCGAACGAGUGAAGCGAAAUCAGAGUGAUCGCGAAAUCAUCGUCGUUGCCGUUGUCGUCGUCGUCUCAUCGUCCGGGUCUAGGACGACGCCUGUUCCCUGCGUCUGUGAUAUGCCAAUAAUUAGCAUCCGCAGUCUCGCGAAUGAACGUCCCGCGGUCCUAGAACCAACCGACGCUUUCUCAACGGACAGCGCAUCCUUGUCGUCGUCGAGACGUAGUCGUUGAAGAUAUCUGAAGAUACAGUGCGUCAAGAUGAGUACAGCUGUAGAAAAUGGGGCUGGCGACAGCAAGCCGGCUAAGAAGACCAUCGAGAGUACUUAUCAAAAGAAGUCGCAGUUGGAACAUAUUCUAUUGCGCCCAGACACCUAUAUUGGAUCUGUACAACCGGUAACAGAAACAAUGUGGAUUUUUGACAAGGAGAAGGAUAUGAUGGUUCAGAAGGAAAUUAAAUAUGUUCCUGGAUUGUACAAAAUUUUUGAUGAGAUUCUGGUAAAUGCUGCUGAUAACAAGCAGCGCGAUCCAAAGAUGGACAUGAUCAAGAUUGAUAUUGAUUCUGAGAAUAACACUAUUUCCGUGUGGAAUAAUGGAAAAGGCAUUCCUGUAGUAAUACACAAAGAAGAGAACAUGUAUGUGCCCACCAUGAUAUUUGGUCAUCUUUUAACAUCGUCAAAUUAUGAUGAUGAAGAAGAGAAGGUGACUGGUGGCAGAAAUGGUUAUGGCGCCAAGUUGUGUAAUAUUUUUAGUCAUCGUUUUACCGUUGAGACAGCAACCAAGGAAUACAAGAAAUGUUUGAAGCAAACAUGGGGCAAUAAUAUGGGAAAAGCUAGCGAACCUAGGAUUAAAGAAUAUUCUGGAGAAGAUUUCACCAAGGUCACGUUUUCGCCAGACUUAACAAAGUUUAAUAUGGAAUCUCUCGACAACGAUAUUGUAUCUUUGAUGUCUCGAAGAGCAUAUGAUGUAGCUGCGUCCUCAAAAGGCGUUAAAGUCUAUCUGAAUGGAACUCGUAUUCCAGUAAAGAAUUUCAAAGAUUAUGUUGAUUUUUAUAUUAAAGGAAAAGACGAUGAUAUUGGCAAUCCAUUGAAAGUUGUAUAUGAGAAUUGCAAUCCGCGUUGGGAAGUAGCUCUCACUUUAUCUGACAAAGGAUUUCAACAAAUGUCAUUUGUAAAUAGUAUCGCAACAACAAAGGGUGGCAGACACGUCGAUCAUGUGACUGACAUGGUAGUCAAACAAUUGAUUGAAACAUUAAAGAAGAAAAAUAAGGCUGGUGUAGCCAUUAAACCGUUUCAAAUCAAGAAUCACUUGUGGAUCUUCAUCAAUUGUCUCAUCAAUAAUCCCACAUUUGACUCGCAAACCAAGGAAAACAUGACUCUACAGGCAAAAAGCUUUGGCUCCAAAUGCACGCUCACCGAUAAGUUCAUCGGCUCGAUUACGAAGAUCGGUGUUGUGGAGGCAGUGCUAUCUUGGGCAAAGUUUAAAGCUGCGAGUCAGCUUGAAAAAUUGGGCCCAAAGUCAAAACAAAGGAAACUUCAUGGUAUACCCAAGUUAGAGGAUGCUAAUGAUGCAGGAACUGGGAAGUCAUUGGAAUGCACCCUCAUAUUAACUGAGGGAGACUCAGCCAAAACAAUGGCUGUGUCCGGCAUUGCUUCCAUAGGCAGAGAUAAAUAUGGCAUAUUUCCACUGAGAGGUAAAUUGCUAAAUGUAAGAGAGGCUACUCACAAACAAAUCCUAGAGAAUGCUGAGAUUAACAAUUUGAUCAAAAUCCUUGGUCUUCAGUACAAAAAGAAAUACGAGACUCGAGAUGAUUUAAAAACGUUGCGCUAUGGAAAGAUGAUGAUUAUGACUGAUCAGGAUCAGGAUGGUUCACAUAUCAAAGGCCUUUUGAUAAAUUUUAUCCAUCAUAAUUGGCCGUCGUUGUUGAAGCUGAAUUUUGUCGAAGAGUUUAUUACACCUAUCGUGAAGGCCACUAAGGGUAGCCAAGUUUUAUCUUUCUUCUCGUUGCCAGAAUUCGAGGCGUGGAAGAAGGAAACGGAAAAUUUCCACACGUAUAAGAUCAAAUACUACAAAGGUUUGGGUACUUCUACCGCCAAAGAGGCGAAGGAGUACUUUGAAAAUAUGGCCAGACACAGAAUACGCUUUCGAUACGAGGGCGAGCAAGACGAUCAGAACAUCAUCAUGGCAUUCAGUAAGAAAUGCGUCGACCAACGUAAGGAUUGGCUGAUGAACCAUAUGAACGAGACAAAGAGGCGAAAGGAGAUCGGCCUCGGCGAGCGUUAUCUCUACGAAAAGGAUACACGCACUGUUUCCUUUUCGGAUUUCGUCAAUGUCGAGUUGGUAUUGUACAGCAAUUACGACAACGUGAGAUCCAUCCCGAAUAUGAUUGACGGCUUUAAGCCAGGCCAGAGAAAAGUCAUCUACACCUGUUUAAAGCGUAACGACAAACGCGAAAUAAAAGUAGCACAAUUGGCGGGUUCAGUUGCCGAGCACUCAGCUUAUCAUCACGGCGAGACGUCCCUGAUGGCGACUAUAAUUAAUCUUGCUCAAAAUUUCGUCGGUAGCAACAAUAUUAAUCUUCUACAGCCUAUCGGUCAGUUUGGUACAAGGCUCGCCGGAGGAAAAGAUGCCGCCAGUCCGAGAUAUAUUUUCACGAUGCUCAGUCCACUGGCAAGGUACAUAUUUCAUAAACAUGAUGAUGCUCUACUGAGACACGAUUAUGAUGAUAAUCAAAAGAUCGAACCUAUCUUUUACGUGCCUGUGAUUCCUAUGGUGUUGGUGAACGGCGCCGAUGGCAUCGGUACUGGAUGGAUGACAAAGAUUCCAAAUUAUAAUCCUCGUGAAAUUAUUGAAAAUCUUCAUAAAAUGAUGGACGGUGCGGAGCCGAAACCCAUGUCACCAUACUACAAAAAUUUCAAAGGUGUCGUGGAGAGCUGUGGCGAGUAUCGUUACGUUAUAAGCGGAGAGAUAUCAGUGAUUGGACCCGAUAAGGUGGAAAUCACUGAACUUCCUAUUGGUACAUGGACGCAAACCUAUAAAGAAACUGUGUUAGAGCCCAUGUUACACGGAACUGAUAAAACGCCAGCUAUCAUCACUGAUUAUAAAGAAUACAACACAGAUACGGCAGUGCACUUUAUAGUAAUCAUGAAUCGUGACAAAUUAUUGGAGUUAGAAAGGGAUGGUCUUCAUAAAGCGUUUAAAAUCCAAACAACUACGACAAUAACAUCUAUGUGCGCAUUCGACGAAAAUCAUUGUUUGAACAAAUACGAUAACGUGAUACAGAUAUUUAAAGGGUUUUAUAAAGUACGUCUGGAAAUGUAUCAUAAGAGAAAAGAUUACUUGGAAGGAAUUUUAAAGGCGGAGUCAGCUAAGCUGUCAAAUCAGGGCCGUUUUAUUCUCGAGAAAUGCGAUGGCACUCUAGUAGUAGAAAAUAAGAAGAAAAAGGACAUGAUAGCGGAAUUGGUUAGACGCAAUUACGAUUCGGAUCCGGUCAUGGUUUGGAAAUUAUCACAAAAUAGAGAGCAAGUGUUGGAAGAUCAAGAAGAAGUCGCAGAAGAAGAUGAUGCUCCGACCACGUCGGCGAUAGAGAAGGAGAAUUUCGACUAUCUUCUCGGAAUGACAAUGUGGAGUCUAACAAAGGAAAAGAAGGAUGAAUUAUUGCGACAACGGGAUGAGAAGUUAGCAGAGUUAAAACGACUGCAAGCUCGCACUCCGAUCUCUUUGUGGAAAGAGGAUCUGGAUAAUCUUUUGGCUGAAUUAAAUAAGUUGGAAGAAAAGGAGCAGAAGGAAGAGAACAAAGCAAAACAAACCACCAAAAAACCGCCUUCAAGAUUCUACAAAAAUGAAGAUACUCGUCGUAUAAUUCCCACUAUUGAUGUUGAAUUGAAGAAAAAGAUAGAAAAAGCAGAUAUUGUAUCAAAAGAUAAGAAGGAAGGCAUAAUAAAGAAACCAAGGGUGAAGAAAGAGCCAAUUUCUGUCGAAGAGAAAGACGAACUUGAUACGUUAGUUGAUUCAAAUACCAAAUCCCUCGAACAAAGGCUUGGAACGUCUCCCGAAAAGUUAGAAAAGAAAGUAGCUGGAAAAAAAGGAUUGAAGCAAUCAACGUUGCCAUUCAAGCCAAUCAAGAAAGGAGCGAAGAAGAAAGACAAGGAUUCAGACGAGAGUGAUGAUGAAAUCGAUUUCAGCAGCAUCUCGCCAACUCCGCAGGUAGCCGCCCGGUCGUCUGGCAGAAAUGCAGUCAAGAAGAAUUAUAACCUGAGCAGUGAAGAAUCAGAUGAUGAUGAAAUGUUCAGUCUCAAAUCUUCCGACUCUGAACAAGUAUCCAAGAAGAAAGAGAAAGAUUUCAUAGCACUAAGCGAUUCCGACGACAACUUUAAGCCGAGUAAAAAACCUCAACCAACCCCAACUUCGGAAGAACUAUUUGAUUCGUUGAUCGGCAAUUCUUCUUCUCCGGAGAAACAACAGAAAUCUAUAAUAUCCUCAUCCGGAGAAGAUUCUCCUGCAAAGUUUACGCCACCUAAAAAGGCACCUGCUAAGAAGAAAGCCGAAAACGGCAAAGGUUUGAAGAGAAAGAUAAAGAAAAAAUCAAAAUCAUCCGACGACUCUGAUACGGACGACAUAUUUACGAAACAAAAUAUUACAAAGAAAAAGAAGAAGAAAUCCGAUUCCGAGGAAGACAAUGUGAUAGAUGAUUCGCCGCCGCCACGCAAACUUGUGGGUCGAGCUCGGAAGCCAGUAUCUUACGCGCUCAAAUCAGACGACGACGAAGACUCAGAUUGAAAGAGAUGUUCCGUUCGCGCUUUGUCGGAGACGAGUGUGAUCGACUAGAGAGCCUAGUUUAGAGCAUAAAUCUCUGAAUGCGCAAGGAAUCGUUACGAAGAGAGAAUUUAAUCGAAGAAUUGUAAUAAGAUUUCGUCUUCAUCGAGGUCAGUCGUGACACUAGUAGUAAUUUUACGUGAAGUGUGUACUGGAAUCUGCCAAACGUAUUUAAAAAGAAAUGUGUUUCUCGACGUAUUUACUCGAAUCAUAAACUCGAAAGAUUUACUCGAGCGACAUUUUUAAACUUUAGGGUGUUCUUUUUUAAAGAACGCAUCGUACAAUCUUGUAUAUAAGUUUACUCGAGUACGCAUAGUGUUGUGAAUGCGGUUUCGCAAAACUAAUAAACGCAAUGGACGGCGCUACAGGACGUACAUUAGUUGCAUUACACACGAAUCUCGUCGCGUGAUUUGAGUCCUUCCUGAAAAAAAAUUCAUUGUUCAUUCACAAAGAUCAUGUUGUGUUAUAUUUGUGAUCACAUGUUAGCUUUCUUUCCAAGAGAAAAACCUAUAAGAAAAUAAAAUACAUGGCUCAUAUCUUGCGAAGGGAACGUCCAGCACUGUCUACUAUUGUCUAGAUAGAUUAAUUAGCACCGCGCAAUGCAAAGGGAUCAGUCCUUUCCAGAUCUCACGAUUAUCGCACAAUUGUUAUGCGUUUUGUCGUGUUACACUCCUCGCCGCCGGAAUCUCAUUUGUCUUCGGUGAAACUUGAAAAAGAAAAGAGACGUACACUUAUCCCGGAAAAUGUUUUAUAAAAAAUGAAAAGAAAGAAAAAUAUGAAAUAUACACAAUUUAAAUAUAUUUUUACAUACGCGUCACAAUAUGGUUUUUUCCAAGGUUAUCUAAAAGACUAAAGAAAAUUAUACACAGCGGUAAAUGUCUAUUAUACAUAUAUACAUAGAACGGAUCUUACGACUAUGCGGCGCUCAAAUAUCGGUUAAGCUAAAACUGUCGGACGUUUUAUUUUUAACUUCAUACUGACCACACGUAGAAUAAAAUAAGUUUACUUCGUGCUCGUGUUUCAUUGUAGGUAACAAAGAAGUUUUUUUGAGUCUAAAAUGCUGAGCGAAAGUCCAUAUGGUGUGAUAAGAACAGAGAAUCAUAAUUGAAACUACAGUCAGGAAAAAGAUUAAGUGUGAAAAAUUGAAAGUUACGAUUAAUUUCCCUGAUAUAAUUAGGUUCCUCUUUCCCUUUCUCUCUCUUGUGUACAAUUGAUAUUUUUUCGCAAUUUUAUAAUAAUUCACAUAUGAAAAAUUGAGGAAACUAAUUGACUUUUACUGGUGUUCAUCAAAAUUCAAUUUCUGACUGUAUAUAUAUAUAUGUGUGUGUAUAUAUAUAUAUAUAUAUAUAUAUAUAUAUAUAUAUAUAUAUAUAUAUAUAUGCACUAGUUCUAUAUAAUCGUUCAUUCGUAGGAUAAGAAAAAAAGAAUCAAUGAUUGAAAUUAGCGCGGCGACUUAUGCACUUGCUGUUAAGUGAGUAUAUUUCGAUACUCAGAGAGAGAGCCGAUUAUUAUAUAAAUUUGUCGAAACCAUUCGACUAUAUGAUAUAUCCCUCGCGCGCGCGCGUUUUUUCAGCCUAAUCAAUACUUUGUAUCUUCAGCGAUUUUCAUUUUUAUAUAAUUCGCAUACACGAAAUAGAUAUAUCAAUAAAAUGUUUUAUCUUUUUAGACUCGAUAA